UUUUCACUUGUGCUUUUUUUUUUUACACUGUACAUAUAACUGUAAUGUGAAUGUUUAGUGCCUCACCAUUUUUUCCACACAUUUCACUGUCCUAAUACGCAACACUAAUACAUUGUUUCCCAAGUUCAUUGUACUCUUACCUAUACAUCGUAUCAUUCUCAGAAAUUGUUUUCUUUAAUUCAUAUGAUGAUGAAAUCGUUUCAUUAGAAACAAAACCACAGGAUUCUAUUGUGGGCUAGGUUUACUGGCUUUCAUUCAGAAGAGCUUAUGCAAUUUAUGGUCUUUUUCUGUCUUUAAUAAAAACUAUUAAUGAUCUACUGCUUUUGUGAUUCAGGGAAAUUCUUAGAAUAUUUGGACUACAUUGAGACACAUGAUUUUGUACAUGGGUAUUUCAUUUUGACAAAUAUAUGGCUGCCAUUUCUAGAAGUAGAGUAAAUUGUUAUAUCAAAUUUAUAUUACUCCUAGCUGCUACAGUUUUUGUCUGCCUUCUAUGAAACUGUUAAUAGAUCAUGGGUACAUGAUUUUUGUCAUUUGAAGGAACAAUCUCAUUGCUUUGCUAAAAUAAGAAUAACCUGUAAAAUCACUUCUUUCUCAUAAUCACAAGGUAGUCAUAUAUGCUUGAGGGUAAAGCCAUUUAAGGACAGUAAUCAGAAGACUCCAUCAAGACGGUAACUCGGACAGUAAUCAAAAGACUCCAUCAAGAUGGUAGCUCUACUAAUCAGACUUAAGUAGUGUAAGGGAAGAUACUCUGCAUAUUAUUCCAGGUUGAUUUUUACAUCUGUCAUAGCAGUGUCUUUGUUUAAAGCAGUUAUAUUUUAUAGGAUUUUAUAUAUUUUAUAGGAUAUGUUAGUGGCGGUAAAUUUGAGAUUAGUGUGAUUCAGAUUGAUUUUAUCUUAAUUUUUAACUGGAUUAGAAUUUGCUCAUAAGUGUACUUUAGAUUAAAAAUAUUUGUUUCUUAUUUUGCUUAAUAUAGCCAGACAAAUAAUUUAGGUCUGCUUGUUUUCAAAUUAUAUGAGUCAAAUUCUAACUUGUGCAUACAUGUAUAUGCAAUAUAGUCAUAUGAUAGAAGUCACAUUCAGUAUUAUUUGGAAUAUGAGAAAAUCAAGGUUAAAGUGGAAUGAUGGCCAUAUAAUUUAGCUGCCCUCCCUCUUAGAUACACAUAUCAACACUUUGCCACAAGUUACAUCCCUUGUUGGCCAUUUGGAGUGAAAAAAUCUUAUUUCCCUAUGUUGGCCUUUGUAAUUUUCUGAUCUGUAGCAUUGACAUUUGUUAUUUUUUCAUCAACUGCAGUCAACUAAAAUAAUACUCCAGGGUGGGGCAACCCAUAAACUUGUAUAAAAACUGAAUAAUUAGCUAUAAUUCACAGUUGUAACCUCUUAUUUUUGGUAGGUAUUCACCAAUUGACCAUUGGUUGGCUCUGCAAAGGGGGAUGAUAAAAUUAUUAUUAUGUAUUAAUCCCUUCCAUAAAUUACAAGAAAUGGGAGUUUUGAAAUGUAAGCCUAUUCUGACAGCAUAGUUUCUCCUUUAAAAGUGUACAUGCUUUUCCUUUUAAAGCGUACAUUACUCCUUUUAAAGUGACCACCGCGGUGGUUUAGAGGUAGAAUGUUCACCCCGCAUGUGAGAGGUCAGGAUUCAAAUCCCGGCCGCGACAGACCAAAGUUGUUAAAAUAGGUAUAGUGACAGUUCCAUCGCCAAACACUCGAGGCAUCAGGUGUGAAUGUCACAGGUCCUUUUUCACUCCUCAAUGGUCGUAAGCACCGAGCAAAGGCCUAAAUUUGAAGCCCCUUACCGGUAUUGGUGACGUCUCCAUAUGCAUUAUUGAGUGAAAAAUUCUUGAGAGGGAUGUUAAACAAGAUACAAUCAAUCAAUCCUUCUAAGGUGUACAUGCAGAAUUCAGGGUUUGAACCUAAAACCUGCUGCACACAACAAGCAAAGAACAUCAUUAUAGCCAUUUUGUAAAAUCUACAUUUAAAAAAACCUUGUUACAAUGUAUAUAGUUUUCAAACUUUUAUAUAGAUUGUUGCAAUCUAUAUAAAAGUUUGAAUACUAUAUCUAGCAAUCUGCUUUUUUAUAUACAUGUAAUUGUUUUUGUUCUAUGAUAGAACUUGUAAUGAUACUUGAUAUAUCAUGCAUAAUUUAUUAUUUUAGAUGAAGGGCUGUGCUCAAGUUCAAAUUUUUUUUGUAUAUAUGUCAAAGUUUGAUAAGUUUGUUUACCACCUUCUUCUAUUGAUGGACUGAAUAUCACAGAUUCUGAAAUGUAAAUCUCUUUUUCUCUGAAUUUUCCUCUUGUAUAGAGAUUUAAAUUUAUUUCCUUUUUCAAAAUCAGAUGCAGCAAUUCUAUUCAACAUUGCCACUUAUACUUUUCGAGGUUUUCACAGUGAUUUUGAGUUAAAGGGCAAUGCUCAUGAAAAAUGUAAUAAAUGCAGAUUUAAGCAGAAAUAUUACAAUGUAUAUACAGUCCACUCCGGAGAUAUUGAAAUUGUUGAAAUAUAUAUAUACACAAAAAUCUACACAUGUUUUACCAAUUGAAGAACUUCCAAGUUGAACCAAUUUUGCAUACUGAAAUUUUCCUGCAUUGUAAGAUCAUUCACUCCAAUGCAAAGUAGUAAAAAGAAAAUGUUCAAAAUUUAACCUCAAAAAAGUUUUAAUUCAUUCAUUUAAACUAAUAACUGGAAGAUACAAUUUAAGACUUGGUGACUUUGUCUUGUAAAAUUUGCCCCAGAACUUCAGAUUGGAAGCUCUUUGAGAGCUGGAGAAAUUGCUUACUUAUAUAAACCAGGCUUUGUGAAUAUAGCAUGAAAUUAAACUGAAGUCAGAACUGAAGUUUUGUAUAUAAACUUGUUUAGUUACAAAUAUUACACAAAUACAGUAAUGACAUUUUGAAUCAUAUUAAAAUCUAAUCUCAUCGUGAAUUUUCUCGACAUGAAAAUGUUAACAUCAUAUGGAUUAGCUCAGUUUGAAAAUUUGACUUAAGUUUAUUCUCAAUUUAUGGUCAUGAAGCCUGAGUAUAUUUAUAAAGUAAAAACUUUAAUUUUGUAAUAUUUGAUAAGACUGCUUACAGAAGGCAGUUUGCAUUUAGUAAUACCAUGAUUUUCUUUUUUGUUCAUCUUAAAUUACCAGAAUUGCUUUUUGAAUGAAAAUCUUUUUCUUCAAAAUCUCAAUCUAUCUACUCAAAUAAUUUUACUAUUGAAUUCUUUAUUAAGGUUUAAUGAGUUGGUUCUUUGAGCUAGCUGUUUUAUGAGCCGUUUUACUUCAAAUUAUUUUGUAAGAAAACGAUUGAACUACCCUCAUGUGUAUUCAAGAUUGUUAUUAAAUAUAAAUCAAUGCCAAGAGUAAGUUUAAGUAGUAUUCAUUUGGCCCCUAUCAGAAAAUUUGAGGAUAUAUUUGCACAGAAUUUAUUGGAUAGCUCUUCUUCGGGAUGGGGGAUGUUUGUUUAAAUUUGUGCGUUUAUAAAAUUUCUUCUUGUCAGAAAUCUACAAAGUAUUCAACCAUACCAACAAAAGAAUUUAAAACAAACUAGACUAUUAUGAUGUUUUAGGGAUUAAGAGCUCCGUACUGGUAGUCCAGGCUGAAUAGAAAUGCAAACAAUCAACAAGGGGGAAAACCCUGCAUUCAUUUGGCAUUAGAAUAUUUUAACAUGUUAAAUACAAAUUGAUUAAUCUACAUUCAUUCAGAUCAUGAUGCUUGUUUACAUUUCAGCUUGGGGUGUAACAAUUCAUUAUAGAUUAUUUAAAACAUGCAUCGGACGUCUUUCAUGAUUCUGAGGUUGUUAAGAUAGAUCAAUAAAUUUAAAUGCAAUAUUAGAAUAAAUAUGUUUCGUAACCGGUAAUAAUGACUUUUAUGAUUGUACUUUAUAACAAACAAACGAUACAAAGGAUUUGAUAUGGUUUGUAAACUUGCUGCCUCAGAGCAAGUAAAAUUGUAUGGUCCUAAAGGAAGAAAUAUUGGUUUUGGUAAUCUAUCUAUGCAACUGCUCUGAUCUAUCACAAAAUAUUGUGAAUAACUUUGCUUCCAUUUCAUGGAAUGAUUUCUGAACUUAUAGGAUGAAAGUGUCCAUAAUCUGAAGAUGUGUUAAUGUGAUCUUAAAUCGAUUAAGGUCACAUCACCAAGGUCAAGGUCACAGAGCAAUCUGAAUUUGAAAUCAUGUCUGAGCUUUCUCUUUACUUUCAAUUGCAUGCUUUGGUAUGUUGUUGCCCUUGAGCUAAAUGUGACUGUUUUGAUUGUGAAUGAAAGUCAUGUUGCCAGGUCAAGGUCACAGGGCAAUGGGAUGUUGAAAUGGCUUCCAAACUCAGUGCUACAUUUUUUUCUCUCUCUCUGGUUUUACAGACAUCAAACUCUAGAAUGUGUUUAUCCAAAUUGCUUAAGACCUUUGAUAUGAAUUGAACAUAUUCUAUUGCAUCAUAAGGUAAAAUGUUCAAAAUGGGAGCACAAGCACACUCUGAUUAAGUUGGACAUAGUUCAUUCAAAAUUGACAAAACAAACAUCAAAUGGUAUAUGCAUAUCAUCGAUCCAGUUUAAAUUUUCACCAUGUAAAUCGACACAGAUUAUUGGUAUAUUAUCCUUACUUGUCAAAGUUAUGUAACAAAUAUUGGGUUUAUCUUCCGUCUAGUCACCCGUCUUGUAUGAAAUUUAAUCUCGACUGUUUGUAAAAGUCUGAGGAAGCAAACUUGCAAGUCUGAGUACUAUAGAAAGUAAAAAACAGCUUUAAUUAUUUGAUUUUAAUCUCAGCUGUAUUUCAAAAUUGGAACUUGGACCAGUUAAAAGAGAUGACACAGGGUUCUAGUCCUCAGCUCAGGUUUUAACUAAUAAUUCUUAAACUCAAUACCUAUUUAUGUUUGGCACAAUACUAAAACCGAUAUUUUUGAUAUGGUCUAAAUGUGUUCUUUUAUUAAUCAGGAUCCCCACAAUGCAGAAUUUUAAACGGCUAUGCAUAGCAUGAAAGAAUAUAGCAUUAUUGUUCAUGGAGUACCUGUUGAGUGGCCCUUUAAUUAAUAAAGAAAGGCUUACAAAAAUACUAUGUGAUAGAUUAUACAAUUGUGACCAGGCCUUCCAAGCAACGGACUGCCGAGUAAGAGGGGGGGCAUCAAUCUAUCUUGUCAACCAGUCUGAGUAAUAGACAACUGUGGCAGGGCUAGGGCAGGCAACCAUUAGUAAAACAGAGAAAAGUAUUGAAGCUCACUAGACCUAGCUGAUUGGAUCAUAGAAUUUUAAAUAUUCUCACUCGCAAGGACUUGCGGUACAGACAUGCAGAGAUAAGGACUAGUGUGUAAUCGGUUACGCUAUAAGAACUUUUUCAGACUUGGAUUGCUAGUAAUAAAUAUGCAUGAUAGGAAAUUGAGUGCUUUGUUAUGAAGUAAAAUAGUCUGCAGGAGUAAUAAAAAUGGGCAUGGAAUUUGGAGGAACUAUAGAGUUACAGCAUUGAUUUAUGUGUAUGGAUUUAAAAAUUUAGUGCUAAAGAGUCGUAAAAUGGCAUUAUUGAUGAAGUUUUUAUUGGUUGUCAGGACUGUUGAUUCGUGUUUAUUGAAAGUUGCCCUUCACGAGAUGUGAGCAAACUGAAUGUAGCAAGAGGAACUACAACUGAGGAAUUAAAGGAGAAGAAUUUCUUGGCAGUGCAUUAUUUAUUUAUCGCUAUUAGAAUUCACUGGAUCUGGAGGUUAUGUUUCCUUUUAUUGAUGGUUUUGGUUCGUGAUGGAUCGGAAUGAAGUUCGUAGUGGUUUCCACUUCAUAAAGUUGGAUUUUAUGUAAUUCGAUGAAGCUGGAUUCUGAGAAAAUGAUUUCUCGGCCGAGAACGUCUCAGUCUGCACGAUCCCGGAUUAAAGGACCUAUUUAUCAAGAGGAGGAUCCCAGUAAUUUUUGGGAAGUGGACUUAUCUUUUCGACCCAUAGAUAUUUCUAUAUUUGGGAGGAAUCAAGGAUUCCGUCACAAUUUUUCUUCGUACGCGGAGUGGGAGAAAACAUAUGGUUACCAGUUAAGUAGCGGCAGUGAGAGUGAGUGUGAUGAUUCCGACUCAGACUCCGAUGAAAAGAAAAAUGCGGAGGAAAAAGGGAGAUCAUAUCGUAUGCGUGCAGGGGUUAAUUGUGAUAGCGGCAUUAAAAGUUAUCUUGACGGAAAUCUGAGUGACAACAAACUUCAGGAGGAGCUUCUACGCACAACCCAGCUUGUCUACAGCUACAAAGAUGGCAAGGGGAUGGUUCCAAAGCUUCGGGAGCCUAGAAAUUUGUAUGCUCUUGCCAAAGAACUUGGACCUCAACAGGCAGCUAGAUGGCCAGCUGAUAUUCAGGUCUUGGAUGAGAAAGUCAAACACAUUCGCUACAUUCCACCAGAGCCCGAGAUAUUCUACAAACCAACUGGUUGUGAAAAGACACCAAUGGUGCGGGGAGAGGAAAACGGAGGGCGUUUAGUAUAUAUGUACGAACCCCGUUCCACAUUUUUUGUGAGGUCCCGUGUGGGAGGGCUUCGUUCCGGGCCUCAGAAGUGCAAUAUUGACCUGGAGUCUGCUGAAGAUGAAACUCUUAUAUUUGAAUCUCGAUUUGAAAGUGGAAAUCUUGCCAGAGCUGUUCAAGUUAACUCCACUGACUAUGAGCUGUGGCUGAGAUAUGACCUCUACACAAACAAACACACACAGUGGUUCUACUUCAGGGUAUCGAAUACAAGGGCCAAUAAAACAUAUCGCUUCACCAUUGUCAACUUCAUGAAGUCUGAUAGUCUAUAUAAUGAUGGAAUGAAACCGUUAAUAUAUAGUGAGAAAAAUGCUCAACAGAAGAAGAUUGGGUGGGUGAGAGGUGGAGGAGACAUAAAGUACUACAAGAACAAUCUCAGGUAUUCUACAUCUAAAUGUGACAAAUCUUUCUAUUCUCUGACCUGGACAGUGAAGUUGGAACACAACCAUGACACUGUCUACUUUGCCCACUGUUUUCCAUACACAUACACUGACCUACAGGACUAUCUGUUGGACCUGAAUAAUGACCCAGUGAAGAAUAAGAUCUGUAAACAGAGAGUUCUGUGUCGCACAUUGGCAGGGAAUCUAGUCUACCUACUCAGUAUCACCUCACCCACACAAAACUCAGAGGACAUGAAGCACAAGAAGGCAGUUGUAAUCACAUCUAGGGUACAUCCAGGGGAAUGUAACUCCAGUUGGAUGAUGAAGGGCUUCCUCGAUUACCUGACUGGGAAUUCUGCUGAUGCCAAGCUUCUUCGUGAUACCUUUAUCUUUAAAAUUGUGCCAAUGUUGAACCCUGAUGGGGUGAUAGUGGGGAAUUACAGAUGUUCCCUUGCAGGAAGGGAUCUCAACAGAAACUACAAAACGGUGCUCAAGGACUCCUACCCAUCUGUCUGGCACACCAAAAAUAUGAUCAGAAAAUUGUUGCAAGAAAGGGAGAUAAUAGUGUACUGUGAUUUGCAUGGACACAGUAGAAAACAGAAUGUGUUUAUAUAUGGCUGUGAGAAUCGACACAAUGCAGACAAGAGGCUAAAGGAGAGAGUCUUUCCACUCAUGCUCAACAAAAAUGCUCCAGACAAAUUCAAGUUUGAAUCCUGCAAGUUCAAGGUGCAGAAAAGUAAGGAGGGCACAGGGAGAAUUGUUAUGUGGAACAUGGGCAUCAUGAACAGUUACACCAUGGAGGCCACAUUUUGUGGUUCCACCAUGGGCAAGAAGAAAGGGUACCACUUCAGUAUGGCAGAUUUCGAGGCGCUAGGUUACCACUUCUGUGACACUUUAUUGGACUACUGUGACCCCGACAACACCAAAAGUUGCAAUAUUCUUAUUGAACUUGAGGAACGCUUGAAACGUGAGAUAAUGGUCCGACUCCAGAAAGCAGCCAGUACUUCAUCAGCUACAGACAUCAAUGACAUCAACCUUAGUGACUUCUCCUCAGAUGUAGAGUCAAGUGAUGGCGGCUCUGAUAGUUCUGUGUCGGACGGUCCACCAGUUCAUCUCCAGUUCACUGCCUCCAGACCCACUCGGCCCCAUUCACGACCCUGUAUCCGGGUUAUGCCAUUUGAUUGGCAGCCUACCAAAAAGAAGAAAAAAUUGAAAACGAAGAAAGAGAGGGAUCGCGUCAGAAGUUUCAAACAAGACGACCAACCAAAGAAGCCCACACCUGCCACUGACAGACCUGCCUCUGAUCCACAUACCUGCGAGAAGAAGCCCAUGUUGACAGGGCAUCAACAAUCACAUGCAAAGCAGGAAAAGUAUUCAUUAAAAUUUGAACAGCUGACUUCACCUCCCGCUGGUAUGAAGUAUACAUUAGCUGUAAAGAGACCCAAAUCUAGCGAGGAACAUUCAACUCAACCCAUAAUUAAUGACGAGAAAUCGGAACAGCGUGCACGAAGGGCCUACACAACACUUUUCAAUCCUCAAGACCACAGUGAUUACCUGGAAGCUUUGACAAACGCUUAUCUCAGAAAUGGACUGCUGGUUCAGGAACAAGCAGCUCCACAUUUCCGUUACUCAGGGAACAAGGUGUCUCCGACAAUCCCCUUUAAUCUGGAUGGAUUGUGCCCUCACCAUGAGCAGACAUUUGCUGCUCAGUAUAUGGCACAGCAAUUACAAAACAUGAACAGUGGAGAUCCAGAUUGGUUACUGCAUGGGAUUAGAGGACGACCCAAAAUUCUCAAACCAUUCCGUCAAAAAAAUCAGGAUGAGAUUAUUGCAAAACUGUUAGGGAUGCCUGCAGCAGUGUGUCCACCUAUCAGACCGUUGCCCAUCCCAGUUGUAGGAAAUACCUUUGUAAAAGUUUGGAAAGACAGGAUACAUAAAUCUAGGAGAAGCAAUUUCCCGGAUGCCACAAUAGACGAGAUUGUGCGGUCUCAAAUCACCCACCAGGCCAGUAUUCCCCUCUCCAGACAGCCUCUCCAGAGACACAUCUUAGAAGUGUCUGCGGCACAACAAAGGCAACAGGAUGUGCUCCUUCAGGCACGUAAACAUCCUGCCUACCCAGUUUCAGGCAGAAUGUGUUACCGCCAUAAAUUGGCCAUCAGCCGAGACCAGAUCAACCCCAAUCUGGUUCUCAUCCAGGACUCCCUCGCACAUACAUUUCUCCUUCAGGGAGACAAAUCAGGUAAUGCCAUUCGUCAACACCCUAACCCUUUUGAUGAACAAUAUACUCAUGCAAAAAACAGCAGACCUCGAGCGCACGUGCCAGAAACCUCAUUCAGCAGUUACGAGCCAAGUGGCACAAAAAAUCAACAGGUGCCUGAGGAAGAACUGCCAGAAGGGGAGGCCAUUACUGACACCACUGCCAGAGAGGAUACAGGUGUGGAGGAAGAGGAGAAUGAACAUAGAAAACAGGGUCACAAGCCAAAACAUAAAGAGAAAGGAGGCAGGAAAAGCCGAAUGGGGAUGAGAGAAUCCGAUGAUGAUCCCGCUCACCAGACGGAAGGUCCAGACUAUUUACAGGACCCUCAUCAGCACACUGGACCGCGGGUCAAAUCGGCCAAAGGUGGCAAAGAAAUGGACAGUGUCGUAGAGAGCAUCAAGGAGUUGCGGCAGUCUCUGGCUAACAAUGCUAUACAGCAAAAUCUCAGCCCAACAACAGGAGGUUACAUAAAGAGGCUUAUGAGGGAAACUGGUGAGGAGAUUGAGGAAUUAACCAAUGAAAUCCGUCAUGACAUAGAGCAAGAACAUAGAAGGGAGCAUGAUAAACCGAAAGCAAAAGAAAUAACUAAGAAGUUUCAAUCUCUUGAUGAUUACAAAAUGAACAAUGAAAAUAGAAAUUACAAUAAUCCGACUCUGUCCAUUGGUAGUAAGAGCAAGACUGUUUUGACCCGAGAACCUCCUGGCAAUAAUUUUGAUGACAAGAGACCAUUUAAUGCCAGAUUCAAAUCUAAAAGUGUGACCAGUCAUCCGGUCAGUGAUAGAACAUAUGACAGAACUCAGAAAUGGAAAGAUCCAAGUUUAAUGAUCUCAGGUGACACAACAGUCAACUACAGCAACACGUACGUCACAAGCUCGCGAAAAUCCACAUCAGAAACAGUUUACACCGUCCCUGCUAGCACUGCUAAUGUAGUUCAUGUCAGCAACUCCGGCGCUAACUCUUAUAGAAAUAGCUACAUGCCAAUCACAACCACCACUGCCACUCAAACAUCGUCCAAGAUCGAGAAGUCCUUUCCCAGGGUAGAACUGUACCCUGAGACUGACCAUCCAGUUAGAUUAGCGGAAGCCAAUGGAUAUGCUAUGUAUAACUCCAAAUCCAAGAGUGCGAAGGAUCUACGAGAUGGAAUAACCAAUGUGGUCACUGGUAAAGAGGACAGAAAAUCCAGUGACAAAUCAGAUAGAUACUUCGAGUUUGAAAUUACUGGAUUGACCCUCUCUACCAAAACUCAUUCUGUUGAGAAGCAGCACCAAAAUCGAGUGAAAUCUGCGAAAUCUGGUCGACAAUCAGUAGGUAAGCAGAACAUCACGCCGACCUCACUAACAGAGGCUGUGCCGACAAAAAUACAACUAAUGAUUAGCCAGGACCACCAGGAGGAUAAGGCUUACGGGGGUCAGUUCCUGCCCCUCUCCCGCACAAUCCGGGCACCUUUCUACAGAAACAACAACUCCAAACGGAAAUGAGGAGCAUGUACACCAAAUCAUGGACAGACGAACCAAAUACUCAUUUCACUGGACAGGACCUACAGGAAUUUUAAUAUUUCGUCAUUACGCUUUCACCCAAUCUCAGUGUUGGCCUGCCCCAUUUUAUUUCUAUACACCACUCCUAGCCAGUGUAGAUCUGUGCUGUAUGUAGGUUCCUCUGUGCAAGAUUUGACAAAUCAUAAAAAGUGUAGCAUAGGAAAUGAUUUGGUGAACCACACUACACUGUGCCAUGAUUAUUAUACAAAUUCAGACCUACCUCUAGAAGUAUUGCUGAUCCAUUUCAACCAAGAGCUUGUAGAUAAAAUAUAAUGUAUAUGAUGCGUUUGUCAAACUUUGUAAGUGAGAUUCAUUUCUAUUGUGCCAAAAUGUUAAGAUAUAUUUAUUCAGAUUGAGAGUAUUAAACAUUUAAUGGUGUACAGAAUUAAGAUUAAUUACAAACAGUUCCUGUGUCUGACUGGAGGGGACUGCUAUAUUCUAGAUAGAUAGGUAUAUAUACAAUAUAUGAUGUGUACACCUGCUUAAAGUAGGCUCUAUUUAUAGUGUGAAAUGCAUGCACAUUGUAGAGGUGUACUUGUGAGUGAAUAAUUGUAUGUUAAUUGUCCUAGUUUUUAGCCACAUAAGAUAUGACUAUACUUCAUAGAACAGGGUUUAUUUUCACAUGUUAUAUUUUUUGUUUGCCCGACAAGUUUAUUCUACAUUAUGUGCCAAGUUUUGUCGAGUGCUGACUGUUUAACAUUGAAAUUUUACACAAAAAGUAAACAAAGUAAUUUGCAUAACUGACCAAGUCCUAGAUACUUGCUAUACAUGCAUUUUGAAUGUGCCUUUUUUGUUGCAAACCCGUCCAUGUUUCUGUUUUAUAUGUAUGGAAUUACAUUAUAAGAUUUACAUUAUUAAAUAUAAAUGAAGAAAUAAAACUAUUGAUGAAAUUCUU